GGGGUGGGUGGUUAGUUACGCAGAAAAGUCUAUUGAUUCUCGUUCUACUCUACCAAAACCCUUAGCGUGCAAAGAACUAGAAGUAGUGUCCGAUUGCCCGGGGCUUGUGGAUUUUGCUAUUAGAGUAUCGAAAUGAUGAAGUCUGUUCUUAACUUGCCAACGGGCCAAUGAAGCUUUUGCGGGGGAAUUCAAAUUGCAGAAGAACUGUAAUCAAUCCUGCUCAUAAAUUUUUGUUGGCUAGUUAAAAUGACUUUAAGGUUAGUACAUGGUAGCUACAGCUUACCCGAAACACAAGCUGUAAAACUGACUUUCUUUGCAUACUACGUAUAACCCUUUAAGCCCCAGUAUCCACAUCCAGAUUCUCCAAACUGAUCUGCGUACAUUUCCUCCAAGAGUUAGUUGAGAGGAUUUGUUUAAAGAUCCACGCAUUUUCCCUUUCUCUUGAUAAUGUAUUCCCGAAUAUUGUUAGGAGAAAAUUGAUGUUGAUCACUCUCUCGCAUUUACACGAGCAAGUAUACCUUGGCAAGCAAAAGUUGCUAGUGUAAAUUUGGAAAGUUUGACAAGUUAUUUUUUCUUGUCAAAGUCUGAACAGUGAAGUUUUUUCUCUGUUUUGAUGGGUUUUUUUGUUACCGGCUACCCUCGAAAAAAACCAAGGUACGUCCUAGAAGUUGUCCCUACUAAAAAGAAUUAAAUCGUAAAAAAAAAACAACUUAGAAUGGGACGUAAGUAGUAGCUCAAAUCAUAAAUAUUCUGAAGCUAGGUUUUAGCACUGGAGAUAAUACAGUGUAUACUAGAAAACAAGAGUGCAAGAAAACGAAAUGAUUUUUCGAACACGUUUUGUAUUACGUGAUUAUGAUAUUUAGGUCUAAAUAUCUAAUGUAUUUUAACUGUGAACAAGACGAUAAAAUGUAUUUUAUGUAAUGCGAAAUGAGUUAAAUCAGAUACAGGUAACGUUUCAACAGAGUCUAACAAAAACGGUGCGAUUAAGUUAUUGAACCGUUUUCAAAUAGUGUACGUAACUUAACAAGAGUCGAGUACUAUAAAUUUCUAUUCCCUGGAAACUUUCUCUUGUCUUUUCUGUGAAACGUUGAGUAGUAGUAGACUUAAAGAGACCCUUUCGUCCUGGGCUAUGCCACAUUAGGUACUGUUCUCACUUUGAGGCCACAAUGGGACUGGAAAUGUCUGAAAACCUUUAAAAUCACGGUUGAGCCACCCUCCUCCUUACCCUCGGCUGGAGG